AUAAACUUCCGUAAAAUAACCAAAUUAUUGAAGGAUCAAUGGUUUAUCGUCAAUAUUUUAAUAAAUCUUUUUCGUGAAACUCACCACUUCGUGUACGGAGGAGUCUUGAACAUGAUCGAAUAAUUAAAUGCUUUUAUUACGCAAGGUGCUCAUAAAUUUGACGCUUCUUGCUGUGAUUCUUGUGUUGUUUUACUGCUAUCAAACGUCAAAUGGUAUACGCUGGGCAUUACACGGUGAGCAAGAAAAUGUUUCGACCAUCGAGUCGAAAGGUUCUAACGAGGAUACGAUCUCCACAACAUUAUUCCUCUCAAAUAAGAAGGUUUAUUACAAUGUCUGGUGCAUAUUCACAAAAGUUGCUAGCAACUCUCCGAUGAGACGAAAAUUUGAAAUCUUUGCAGAAUCAUUACUCAGACUAUCCUCUGUCCAUAUUGCAUUUCAUGUCAUAACAGAUGAUGAUAGCAAGAAUGUUGCAGAAAAUGUUUUGGAGAAUAUUCUUUCAUCUACAGGGAAAUUUAUGAAUGUGCAAUAUUAUGAUGUACAUGAGUUAGCAUUGCAAUUGCAGGACAUUGUAUCUGUCAUGUCUCCACAUUUCAGCAGCAAACCAGGGACAUAUUAUUCAGAUGCACUGUUCUUUUUGUCUUUGGGUUUGCAUCGAAUAGCUCCAGCUGAGCAAAGUGUUGCAGCAAUGUUCGAUGCUGAUACUAAAUUUCGUAAAGAUAUCAAAGAACUUUUUGAAGAAUUUAAUAGUUUUGGAAGCCAAGCUUUGUUUGGUUUGGCUCCAGAGCUUACUCCAGUCUAUAGACACGUUUUGUAUUUGUAUCGUAACAAGCAACCCAAUACAUUAUUUGGAGAACCUGCUAGCUCAGGUGGUUACCCUGGUUAUAACAGUGGUGUGGUGCUUUUUAAUCUUGACAAAUUACGAAAUUCUACUGUUUAUGAGAGAAUCGUAAAAAAGGAAAGUGUUGAUGCAAUGACUGAAAAAUAUCACUUUAAGGGUCACUUAGGAGAUCAAGAUUUUUAUACCCUUUUAGGGAUGGAACAACCCAAAUUAAUUCAUACCAUUAAUUGUGGUUGGAAUAGGCAACUAUGUACAUGGUGGAGAGAUCGUGGAUAUGCAGAUGUAUUUGGAAAUUAUUCAAGGUGUGAUUCAGAAACAAAAUUGUGGCAUGGAAAUUGCAAUACUCCCAUACCUAAUGAUUAAUGUUUAUUGUUAUUAUUGUUUACAAAUUUAAUAAUAUCUCUCUAUUAGAAUUAAGGCAUAAACUAAAUUUAUUGUUAGUG